AUGGAGAAAACACGGAUUGCUAAGGUUGACAAUGUGACCUUGGCUCGCCGCGGAGAGCAGGUCGAUGGCACCCUCCAUCUAACCCCUCACCACCUCAUAUUUUCGCACACCCCACCAAUCUCACCAGAAGACCAGAUAAAGGGCGUCAUAACAAGGCCCAGAGAGCUGUGGAUCACAUACCCUAUCAUCGCUUUCUGCACCCUGCGGCCAGCUCCCGCCGCUUCCCGUCAGCUCUCCUCUAUCCGCCUCCGAUGCCGAGACUUCACAUUCGUUUGUUUUUACUUUGUAAAUGAGCACAAAGCACGAGAUGUAUUCGAGAGCAUCAAACAGUGGACGUGCAAAUCGAGUCGUAUUGAUAAGCUUUACGCCUUUAGCUAUCAGCCUCCCCCGCCAGAAAAGGAGUUUAAUGGGUGGGAGCUGUAUGACCCGCGCAAGGAAUGGGCACGCCAGGGCUGCUUGGACGAAGGGAAAGCAUGGCGUCUUUCAGAGAUCAACAUGAACUACGAGUUCUCCCCUACGUAUCCCGCUCUCAUACCCGUACCUUGUUCCAUCUCCGACAAUACACUUAAUUACGCAGGACGCUAUCGAUCUCGAGCAAGAAUCCCUGCCCUCACAUACUUUCACCCUGUCAAUAAUUGCACCAUUACCAGAAGCUCACAGCCGCUCGUCGGUGUCCGCCAGAACCGAAGCAUUCAAGACGAAAAGCUUCUGUCCGCUAUUUUCUUGACUUCUCGCUCUGAGCGGCCAUUGGCGAGUUUCUCGGUCACGGAGAAAGAUACGGAUUCUAGCAGCCCGGAGAUGAACCAGGUGAUAGUCCCCGAAUUCACCAAUGCCGAGGAACUCGAGGACGACCUGUUAGCUGCUACAAGUGGCGAUUCUGAAGAUCAUCGCUCGAUAUAUGGCGCUCAGCAGUCUAAUCUGAUAGUGGACGCACGCCCUACGGUGAAUGCAUUUGCCAUGCAGGCUGUUGGACUUGGAUCAGAGAACAUGGACAACUACAAAUUCGCUACCAAGGCAUAUCUUGGUAUUGACAAUAUCCACGUCAUGCGAGACUCGCUGAACAAAGUGAUCGAUGCUUUGAAGGACUCAGAUGUUACUCCAUUAGGGCCAAAUCGUGACCAGCUAGCGCGCAGCGGCUGGUUGAAGCACAUUGGCGGGAUCUUGGACGGAGCCAGGCUGAUUACUCGGCAAGUUGGUCUCACUCAUUCUCAUGUUUUGAUCCACUGCUCUGAUGGCUGGGAUCGCACGAGUCAGCUCAGUGCGCUGAGCCAGAUUUGUUUGGAUCCUUACUUCCGGACGCUGGAGGGAUUCAUGGUGCUGGUAGAGAAAGACUGGCUUUCAUUUGGACACAUGUUCCGACACCGGUCUGGUCAUUUGAACAGCGAGAAAUGGUUCCAGAUUGAAAAUGAACGCAUCGGUGGAGAUCCAAAUCGUGCAUUUGGUGACGGCGGGGGUGCAGGCAAGGCCAUUGAAAAUGCAUUCCUUAGUGCCAAAGGAUUCUUUGGUCGGGACAACAAUAGCCGUGACUCUUUGCCGGACUUGGAUGGAGAGCUUCAAACCUAUGACUCUGACACUCCUGCGAAGAAGCCUACUAUACCGCGCUCGGGGGUUCCCGAGAAGGAGAUAACUAAGCCAAAAGAGACGAGCCCUGUGUUCCAUCAGUUCUUAGACGCAACAUAUCAGCUGCUUCAUCAAUAUCCGACACGGUUUGAGUUUAAUGAGCGUUUCCUGCGACGACUUCUUUAUCAUCUCUACUCCUGUCAAUAUGGCACAUUUUUGUUCAACAACGAGAAGGAACGCGUGGAUUGGAAAGCCAGUGAACGAACCCGUAGCGUUUGGGAUUAUUUCCUCGCUCGCAGGGAACAAUUCACGAACCAUCUGUAUGACCCUGUCAUUGAUGACAAUCAGCGCGGCAAGGAACGACUUAUAUUUCCCCGGGUCAAUGAAACACGGUGGUGGAAUGAGGUAUUCGGUCGAACAGAUGCGGAGAUGAACGGCCCCCGUUCCUCAUCGGCACCCAGUGAUAUCCCGGAAAAUACGGUGUUGACUGGUAUUGAGACUGCAAGGCCAGAUAGUGCUGUCAAAACGACUGAUGUCUCGGGGAUGGCAGCUGCUGUGACGUCGGGUGUAUCUAAGCUUGCAUUUCCAGCGGAGCGCACCGAUAAACCGACCGAGUUAGAAGUAGAGAUGCAAUGA